AUGGAAACCACGGGCUUCCCACCCUGUGGCUGCCUGGGCAGGUUCCCAGCCUGGGCCUCAUCGGCUGCUAGUCUCCUCCCCAGACCGCAGACUGCUCCAUCCUCAGCCUCUCUGGGCCCCUCUCUGUGUCUGCCCCUCUCGCUGAGCCUCUGGCCUCCUCCACCGGCCUCUGAUGCCUUCUUCAGGAACCUGCCCUCUGUCCCUAAACUCCAACCUCCUAGCAAACAGGCCUCCCAAGCGUCUCCCCCUCCCACUCGGGCCUUUCUCGGCUCCUCAGCCGCUCUAGGGCCUGGCAGACCUCCUCGGCCACACCAGCUGCUUCCUGCCCUGUCCCCCCAAUGGAGACCCCAGGACUCGUGCACGGGGAGGCUGCGCCCUUCGCCACAGCGCUCCGAAGCCUCAUCAACAACCCCCAAUACAGGUGCUGGAGGUGCUGACCGCGGCUGUGGAGUACGGGCUAGAGGAACUGCGAGAGGUAGGUUUUUGUGCCAGGCCCCGGUCUUGUUUCCCUUGCCCGUCACAGGCUCAGUUCACAUACACUCUGGUCUGGAGAGGAAUGUGUGCCCAUCCAGAGAAAAGAGUGGCUAUCUCUCCCAGCUGUGCCUGGAGUUUGUGAUGAAGGUGCUGGAUGUGGAGUUGGUUUGUGAGGCCUUGCAGGUGGCUGUAACCUUUGGCCUGGGACCACUGCAGGAGCGUUGCAUAGCCUUCAUAGAGGCCCACAGCCAGGAAGUGCUCCGGACUCGCGGCUUCCUGGAGCUGUCGGCUUCAGCGUUGCUGCCCUUGCUGCGCAGCGACAUGCUCUGCGUGGACGAGGCUGAGCUGGUUCGGGCUGCCCGGAGCUGGGCGCGCGUGGGCGCAGCGGUGCUGGAGCGGCCGGUGGCUGAGGUGGCGGCUCCGGUGGUGCGAGAGCUGAGACUGGCCUUGCUGGCCCCGGCGGAGCUGAGCGCCUUAGAGGAGCAGAACCGGCGGGAGCCUCUCAUUCCGGUGGAGCAGAUCGUAGAGGCGUGGAAGUGCCACGCUCUGCGGAGAGGAGAUCCAGCCCGGGGCGCUCCGUGCCGCCGCCGGAGAGGCACCCUUCCUCGGGCGCAUCACCGCUUUCUGGAGCUGCCCUUCAAGUGACCCAAGGCUGGGACUUGCGAGGACUCUUGGGUCUGCGCGACUCGGCCUGCCAAACUACAGCUCCCGAAAUGCUCGGCGCUCGGAGCGCUUCCGUUCCCAGCACACCCCGCGAGCGGCGUGCCGGAAGGGCCGUCUCGGCCGCGCGUGCGCUCUUUGCUAGGGGGACGAGGGCGGGACGGUAAGGGGCGGGUUUUGGCUGCCCCUCCCCGCGAGGCGGGGCGACGCCCGGAAGCCUGGAUCUCCUUCGCGCCACUCCCUUGCCCUAUGCCCCAAGCCUGGGCACCUUCGUGCGCCCGGCUACUCUGACGACACUCACGUCCCUUUUCAGCGCGGCCUCCUCUCUCCCUGAAUACCCCAUGGGCUCAGUGCAAAGUCGAGCGUCCCGUCUUUCCUCAUCUCUGCCCCGGUCGUGUUUCUGAUGUCCGUGGAUGCCCCUGCCGGAAACCAGGAUCUCAUCCUUGCCUAAGCUCGCACACCUGCCCCGGGCCAUUCCCACCUUUUAAGCCACCUUUCCAGUUGGUCCAGUUCUCCGGCUGCCCUCCUCCCACGUCUCAGUCUCUGUCCUCACUCCAGCGCCGCCUCGCUCCGUUUCCCACGCUGCAGCCAGAUCUGUGCUAUUCCGUCAACUCUGCUUCCUUGAUUAAGUCCCUCCGCCUCCCCGUGCUCUCCAGACCAAAAACAAACGUAGUUCACCGUCAGGACACUCAAAACUACCAGCGGUUACUAAAUACUAGCAACUCCUCGCCCUUACCUUUACAAAAGUUCAUUUAUCCUGGAGGUACUGCUAGUCCUCUGGCCCCGAUUUAGUCAUGGAAAGCUGGUCUCUCGCAUUCGUCAUACAUCUUGUCUUCCUGAGAACCUAACUCUCUCUGGGGAAAAACCCCUAGGGCCCGGAGUGUGCCUUGUUCAUUUUUUGCUUGUCAGUCUCUAUUGUAUAAUCGGUGCUCUGAAAAUGUCAAGUGAAUGACUUUAUUUCCUUACUUAAAUGCCACUUUAUUUCCAUUAAAAAGUUUUAAAGGAGUUGUAAAACAAGAUACCAUCAAUCUAAAAGGGGCAGUAGUCUAUUUAGGAAAAAAUAAAGUUAGAUUUCUGACUCAGGGGUCUUAUAAAAAAAUCUAUUGCACACAGAUUAAAGAUGGUUAUUUGGUAUUCUCUCUCCACAUUGAAAAUGUGGUCAUUUAGUGGUACCACUUCAAGGCAGCAUUGUUUGGAUAACGAAAACUGAAUAUAAACUGUAUGUCUGUAAUAAAGGACUGGCUGAAGUGUGGUGUGUUCCUACAAAGCAAAAAGAUGGAGCUGGAGUUGUGGCGUAGCAGGAAGCCUCCAUUUGUGACAAAGGCAUCCCAUAUCCAGUGCUGAUUUGAGCCCCGGCUGGUCCACUUCACAUCCAGUUUCCUGUUAACACGCUUGGGAAGACAGCAAACGAUGGCCAAAGUAACUGGGCCCUGCUACUCUUGUGGAGACCAAGAUGGAGUUGCUGGUUCCUGGCUUCAGCCUGGCCCAGCCUCAACCAUCUCAACCAUUUGGGGAGUGACCAACGGUUGGAAGUGCUCUGCCUCUCCCUCUCACUCUGCCUUUCAAAUAAAUAAGUCACACACACACACACACACACACACACAAUUUCCAUGCUUUUUGGGGGAAAAAGUACAGUGUACGCCAAGUAUAGCUGAUUCCUUUUGUUAAAACAAAGGUUAGAGGGCCAAUGCUCUGUGUAGUGGGUAAAAAUGCUGUCAUCCAUAUGGGCACUGGUUCGGGUCCUGGCUGCUCCUCUUCCAAUCCAGCUCUCUGCUAUGGUCUGGGAAAGCAGUGGAAGAUGGCCCAAGUGCUUGGGCCUCUGCACCUGCAUGGGAGAUCUGAAAGAAACUCUUGUCUGUUGGCUUUGGAUAGGCCCAGCUCUGGUUGUUGCAGCCAUCUGGGGAGUGAACCAGUGGGUGGAAGAUCUCUUUCUCGCUGCCUCUGACUCUCUGUAACUCUGCCUAAAUCUUAAAGAAAAAAAAAAAAAAAAAAAAAAAAAAAAAGGUGGGAGGGCAGAAGAAAAGUUCUUGUCAGUCUUCUGGAGCCAGGAUGCUUGGAGCUCCGCUACUUAAAAUAGCUUUAUUUAUUUAUUUUACAGGCAGAGCGGACAGUGAGAGAGAGAGACAGAGAGAAAGGUCUUCCUUUGCCAUUGGUUCACCCUCCAACGGCCGCCGCGGCCAGCACGCUGUGGCUGGCACACCGCGCUGAUCCGAUGGCAGGAGCCAGGUGCUUCUCCUGGUCUCCCAUGAGGGUGCAGGACCCAAGCACUUGGGCCAUCCUCCACUGCACUCCCAGGCCACAGCAGAGAGCUGGCCUGGAAGAGGGGCAACCAGGACAGAAUCCGGUGCUCCGACCGGGACUAGAACCCGGUGUGCCGGUGCCACUAGGCGGAGGAUUAGCCUAUUGAGCCGUGGCGCCAGCCUUAUUUAUUUAUUUAUUUAUUUUUUGACAGGUAGAGUUACAGACAGUGAGAAAGAGAGACAAAGUUCUUCCUUCUGUUGGUUCACCACCACCCCCAAAUGGCCGCCACAGCCAGUGUGCUGCGCCGAUCCAAAGCCAGGAGCCAGGUGCUUCCUCCUGGUCUCUCAUGCGGGUGCAGGGGCCCGGAUCCUAUUAUCUCCAUUUUAUAAACAAGGGAAGUGAGGCAUAGGUUAAGUGGCUUCACUCAGUUCAAAAAGCUAUUUUGGGGCCAGAGCCGUGGCUCACUUGGUUAAUCCUCCACGUGCGGUGCUGGCAUCCCAUAUGGGCACCGGAUUCUAGUCCCAGUUGCUCCUCUUCCAGUCCAGCUCUCUGCUGUGGCCCACAUACUUGGGUCCCUGCACCUGCAUGGGAGACCAGGAGGAAGCACCUGGCUCCUGGCUUCAGAUCCAAACAGUGCCGGCUGUAGUGGCCAUUGGAAGGUGAACCAAUGGAAGGAAGAACUUUCUCUCUCUCUCUCUCUCUCUCUAACUCUACCUGUCAAAUAAAAAAUAAAAUAAAAUAAAAUAAAAUGGAGAUAAUAGAGUCCAUUUAAGUUAAGUAGAGUUGUCAGGAAAAUGAAACUAAUUUUUUUAAAGCACAUAGACCUUUAAUGAGACAGAUUAAAUACUGUAUAUAUGUUUAGAAAGUAAGUAACAAGUGUUCAUGGGCAAGACAUUGAUUUAGGGAAUAUAUCAGAAAACAAGUCAAGUGGCUGGCAUUGUGGUGUAGUAGGUAAAAGCUACAUCCCAUAAGGGUGCAGGUUCGAGUCCUGGCUGCUUCACUUCUGAUCCAGUUCCCUGUUAAUAAGCCUGGGGAAAGCAGUGGAAGAUGACCCAAAUGCUUGGGCUCAGAUGAAGUUCCUGGCUCCUGGCUUUGGCCUGGCCCAGCUCCGGCUGUUGCAGCCAUCUGUGGAGUGAACCAGUAGGUGGAAGACCUCUCUCUAUAACUCUUCCAAAUAAAUAAAUAAAACUUAAAAAAAAAAAAAAAAAAGCUAAGUAGCCUCAUGGAGCUUACAUCCUAGGGAGAAAGAAAUAACAGGAAAAGAGUAAGGAAAUAGUGAAGUAGCACCUUGACAGUAGGGAUUCCAUUUUGGAGAACCUGAGAUUCCAUUCUGGGAAGGUACCCCCCACACCGUGAGGCUCUGGUCUGAAACUAUGAUCUAAAACAGUCGGACAAUAGCAGUCCACUGCAUUACGCUUGGCAGAGCAUAGAAACCCCCUAGCAUGAUCGCUCAAGCUUGGAAGUGGAUAGGCUGCACCUGGGUUAAUGAUAAAAAUGUAAUUUGUCUAUGUCCUACGUAUGAUUAAAACCAAUACCUGGAUUAAUGUCAAGAUUAUAAUUGAAAUUGUUAAGAUUGUAACUGGUAUGGUCAAGAUUAUAAUUGAUACUAGUUUCACAUGGGUUUUAGGUCAGCUUGACCCCAGUAACCAUGUAUUCUCCCCGAUCCUAGCAACCAUGUAUUCCCCUCCUGAUUUUGGGGCUUUUGCCUUUAUAAACCCUGUUACUUUGGGUUUUGGGGUCGAGGGUUUUUUAGGGCAUGAGCCCACUCUACCGCCAGCAAUAAAGGACCAUCGAAUUUUA